AUGGAGCAUCAGCAACUGAUCGAAGAGAUGCCCAUCGUGGAAAGAAUGUCAACACAAGACAGACUAUCCCUAGCGAGGAAAAGAAGAACGUUGCAACUGAAGUUUUGGAUUUCGAAGGAAAAGGAACACGGAAAGAAGAAUGGGAAGCAACCAAAAUCGAACAAAAGGGGGAUUUGUUUUAAUGAUAGCGUGGUUCUGUUGGAAGCUGCUGCAAGAAAUGAUAUAGAUGAAGUUCGCCGAUUAUUAAUGAAGGGUGUCAGUCCAGAUUCCUGUAAUGAAGACGGUCUUACGGCUUUACAUCAAUGUUGUAUAGACGACAACGAAUCUAUGUUACUGCUUUUGCUGGAAUAUGGUGCUAACGUCAACUCUGAGGACAGCGAAAAAUGGACGCCAUUACAUGCUGCUGCUACCUGCGGACAUCUUAAAUUAGUCAGAAUUCUCAUUACAAAAGGAGCUAACCUAUUGGCCGUCAACGCUGAUGGAAAUAUGCCUUAUGACAUUUGUGAAGAUGACACUGCAUUGGAUUACAUCGAAAGUGAAAUGGCAAAACGGGGGGUUACCCAACAACUUAUAGAUGACACUAGGGCGGCAACUGAGAAACAGAUGCUUACAGAUUUAAAGAAAAUUGCAGCUGCAGGUGGAAAUUUGGAUUAUUAUGAUGCUCAGGGCGCUACACCGUUACAUAUUGCAGCGGCCAAUGGGUAUGUUUCAGUAGUUGAGUUCCUAUUAGAAUGUGGUGUUAGAACAGACGUCAAAGACAAGGAUGAAUGGCAACCUAGUCAUGCAGCAGCUUGUUGGGGCCACCCAGAAGUUUUGGAAUUAUUAGCACAGUUUGGGGCAAAUUUGAAUGCCAAAAACAAGCAUGAUGAAACACCGUCAGAUAUUUGUGAAGAUCCCGAAAUAAAAGAUAGGAUAUUGGAAUUGAGGACGGAACAAGAAAUAAAGAAACAGGCGGAAGCAAAACGAAAAGUCAGGAGAUCUCAAAGUAAUACUAGGGCGCAAUCAGUUAGGCGGACAUCAUUACGGGAUAAGGGUUUAACAGCUAGAAGAGAUGCUGUCGAAGAGGCCAGGCUUAGAUUACAAGCAGAAAGCAAUUGCCUAGAGAAUAUAGAAAGUGGUACACCAUACAAUCCAAAUUCAAUACCAAAAUCAAUACUGAACAACAACCACCUAUCCGAUUUGAACUUGAGCAAUAAUGAUGAUGAUAAUAAUGUACCUGCACCUAGUGUUAAUGGUUCGAACCUUCAGCUGAUCGAAGAUCGAAGGGCCCCGGAAGGUAAAGACAACGAUUCUAUCGAAGAAGUGGGCAGUAUAAAAGAGAAUUCGUAUACCACUGAUGUUAAUGGCAAAGUUACCGUCCAUGUUGUGGUCACUAUCAAUGGCAACGGCACCUUGGCCGAUUUGAAAAAGCAACGGAUGCAAAUCCGAAACAACAGCAAUGACACCAACGAAUUCAAUUUAGCGUCACCCAUAGGAAGUAUCGCAGAAACAGAAAUAAGUUCCGAUCAACCUUCCACCGAUAUUCUUAGGCUGACAGGUGACACUAUGGAUGAAAACAUAGAGUACUCAAAGCCAAGGCGUUGUUGUAAUUUAAUGUGA